AAUUUCUAGCGGCUUGCUGUGCGAGGCGAUGGAAGAGAGCGCGCUACAGAUGCCAGUAUAUGCACGCAGAUUGUCGCAAAGUCCAAUCAAGUAGCAUCCAAUUUAAGAUUUAUGUACUCUGUUAACUGAUACAUACAUGCGGCGGGUCUGGAGUUACAUCAACGUACAUUGUCCAAACAAUUUGGCACCACGGUGGGAAGUCGUGAGCAAAUGACAAAGGAGAUCACAUCACCCAUGUACAUUUAGGGAACAUCAUCUUAUACAUUUAUCCAGCAGGGGGUCUUGGUUAUUAGAGCAACUGAAGCUGAAAGACAAAGCGUCCCCUUGACUGCAAGAACCAAUGCAGCACUAAUGAGCGAAAUAUGGAGAAACAGGCUCUUAUCACAGCAAUCAGCUUGUCAAUGAGCCUCUGUUCUUUGAUAUUGCUGAGCACCGCUAUAUUCACUGACCACUGGUAUGAGACCGACACCAGGAAGCACAAGGAGAACUGUGAGCACCACGGGAGCGAAUCCAAUGAUCAAAAGAGCCGGGUGAUGCCCAUGUAUCACCUGCCUCUCAGGGACAGCAAUAACCCGCAGAGGAAUGUGGGCUUCCUAAACCCAGUGCCCCUAGGGAGCAUGGAGGACGAUCUGCUGGAAAACUGGAGGUCAAUUUUAGGACUGGGAGUUCUGGAAUCUGAAUGUGGGCGUCCAUUGUUCUCAACCUAUGCUGGAUUGUGGAGGAAAUGUUACUAUCUUGGCAUUGAUCGGGAUAUUGAUAACCUAAUUUCAAAGGGUAUUGCACAGCGAUGCACAUCCGUGAAGUACCAUUUCUCACAACCUAUUCGCCUAAGAAACAUUCCAUUUAAUUUGACCAGAACUAUUCAGCAGGAUGAGUGGCACCUCUUGCAUCUGCGAAGAAUCACCGCUGGGUUUCUGGGCAUGGCUGCUGCUGUAUUGCUCUGCGGGUGCAUCGUGGCGAUUGUCAGCUUCUUCUGGGAAGAAAGCCUCACCCAGCACGUGUCUGGGCUUCUCUUCCUCAUGGCAGGUAUAUUUAGCACAAUUUCGUUGUGCACCUAUGCAGCAAGCAUCUCAUACAACCUGUCCAGGAACCCGUCAUUUAUCUAUGGUCUUCCGAACAACGUGGAGCACGGCUACAGCUGGUCAAUGUUCAGCGCCUGGUGCAGCCUGGGUCUGACUGUGGCCUCGGGGUGCCUUUGUACCACAUACCCCUUCAUCAGCAGGACCAAGAUUAUACACUCAAAGACCGCCAGGGACUCUUCUGUGUGACCAUUUAUCAGGAGGAUGGAAUUACCACAAUAUUUUGUUGGUUUUUUAAGCAACUACUUCAGCAGUCAUCCCUGGGUCUGUUUUCAGAUUUAUUUUUCCAGAUAUUCCGUACUGCCAUUUGUUGGUAGGAAGAGGUAUUACUGUGAUACUUGAAAUGUAUUUGCUUACAAUUGUAAGUCGCCCUGGAUAAGGGCGUCUGCUAAGAAAUAAAUAAUAAUAAUAAUAAUAAAGUAUUGUAGUGCAUCAGAAAUGUAUUGGAUGGAAGAUCCUCAAGGUUGGGCAGUUCUCAAUUGUACCUCUAGGUGGCACUCGAUUAUUAAAAGCUGGUGACCUUAUUACUGUGUGUGACAAACUGACAACACAACUGUGGCAGGCAGGCCUUACAAGUGACUGGGAAUUAGUUAUUUUUCUCUAAUUUUUGGGUUGAGCAUAACAACUCUCCAGACUCCUGGUGGAGUAGUAUUUAACAUUGUACUGAAUAAAACAGAACAGAAAUCUAAAUAAAUGUGUUCUUAUCUAAACAAAUGAAAUGAAAAUAUAUUGUAUUUCCUAUUGGAAACAAUGAAGACAUACCCUACUACUGUACAGUUUGUGUGGAAAGUGUGAUAUGUGUGGGAUCUCUUGGGAUCUCUUAAAUGCCUUAUUGUUCUUGUGAUCUGAUCCAGCGAGUCCUGAUCUGUGGUAUUACUUCAGUGUGUGUAACCUGUUGACAUUAUGUUACCAAAUAAAGUAACGUGACA